AUGAGAAUCAGCCUCGGCCUCGCGCCUUAUCGCCUCAGGCCAUGGCGCCUCUUCCGCUCUGUCCUGGCCUUCCUUGCCGUAUUGUAUGUCGUGUGCUACAUAUUCAUUGAAGAGAACGGCCCCGCAACAUGGAUGAUGCACACUGUCGAUACGGUUCGGGGACGCGCUCCUCCGCGCAUGUCGCCGCCGCGCCCCAUCAUGUCGCUUGGGCCCCGCGUGCCCUGCUACGGCCCCCGAGGUCAACUACUAUCCAACAGCUCCGACGAUGCCCUCACAUCCGCCCAUCUGUCGCAGAAGUACCCCGUGCCGUUUGCCGGCUCUCAUGAAGAGCUAGGUCUGGAGAAGUCUUGGAUGUCUCCCGAUGGUCGCUAUGGACCUUAUGGCUUCGGUGAAGAAGACAAAUCUUACAGUCGCACAGUGGUCGAUUGGGACACGGUCGACUGGGGCUUGCUUCAGAAUGACUGCUUUGCGUUAAACGCUCAUCGCUUCACCAGCGAAGCCACCAAGUUCCUCAACAACCCCGUUCGAUUCGCCUGGAAGAGCGCCGGCACGGUGCCGGAAGACCAUCAAUGGACUGAUUUCAGUGGAAGUCGACGGACAGCGAUCAUCCUGAGAGCCUAUGAUGGCUACGACUACAAGAAGCGUGACAUGCAGCACAUCCGCUCCCUCAUCGUCGAAGCGUCAUUGCGCACUGGUGGAGAGUACGUCGUCGUGCUGUUGGUCCACAUUCGCAGCGAGGAGUUCAACCCUUGGAAUUCGCCAGAAGAGUAUGCCCGUGCCUUUGAGCAUGCCAAGAUUCCUAAGGAGCUGCAGUCCAUCGCCGUUCUCUGGAACGAGCCUCUCUUGGAGAGUUGGUACCCCGAAACCCUCGAGCACCGAACGUUUUGGCAGGCUUUCCAGCCAUUGCAACUCUUCUCUCACUACUACCCCGAAUUUGACCACUACUGGCAGUUUGAGAUGGACAUGCGGUUCACUGGCGAUGCUGGGGCUUAUCUGGAUGCUGUGGACCUAUGGUCUCGCAAGGAGCCGCGCAAACAGGCCAUGGAACGAUCGACUUUCUUCUACGACCCUACCGUGUUCAACACAACCGAUGAGUUCCGGGCCGCUGUCGAUGAGGUCAACCGGGGCCGCUCUCAUGUUUGGGGCCCGGUUCGCGUGCGCGAGGUCUCACCCAUUGGGCCACGGCCACCCACCACUGACGAGGAGGACAACUUUGAGUGGGGUGUGGGAGAAGAUGCCGAUGUCAUUGUGACGAGCCUGUGCGCGGACGCGCGCAAGAGCACGACGUGGAUCUUCCGGGGCUGGGUCUACGGAUUCCGGGCUGGAAAGCAAGGCCCACCCCGAUAUUUUUGUCCGCCAGCAAUUCAACGUGGCAGCCGGGCAUUAUUGCACGCCGUUCACACGUUGCAGAGGCGAGGAUUGCGAAUAGCAUCAGAGGCAACGCUACCAUCAUUCGCGCUGUGGUUGGGGCUCAAAAUCAGUGCCCCGCCGCUGCCAUGGUACCUGAACGAUGUGCCCGAUGACGAGGAGCGCGCGAGAUGGAUGCUCGGGGGACCGAAGGCCAGCGAUGAUGGUUUCGGCAAGGGAGAUCCACAAUGGGGACAGCCAGACAUGAUCAACUCACCCCAGAUGUCAAGCACAUUCUGGUGGGCCGGCGGUUGGCCUGGGGAGCUGUUCGAAGGGUGGCUGCAGGGGAAGAAGACCCAGGAUGGAAAGCCGAUGUACCCGCUCACGGAGAGCGAGGGGCAACUGUACAUGCCCAACCUGUUGUUGCACCCGGUGAAGCGGGAGUAA